UCCCACACAUGUAUUGAAGGAAACACAAAAAUUUGUAACCAUGUCUUAUCGGAUUCCUUCCUCGAGAUCCAAAUUGAUGUCAUACUCGCAACCUUUAGUGCAACCAUUAGCGCAACCUGUAACGCAAAAAUUAACAGAUGAUCCUCCUCCUGUCACACCGAAAACCGCUCAAAGUACCGUCACAUGUGUAUAUCAAACCCAUAUCGAGGGUUAUUGGCGAAACGUUACGGUUUUAUGGUGCAAGAACCUCAUGAACCACUCGAUCACAAUUUCUAUAGACAGUGCAGAAAGUGAUCGCCAUCAUUCUUGCAAGAUUGACCUCAAGCCUUGGCACUUUUGGAGCAAAAAAGGGUUCAAGACAUUCGAGGUUGAUGGAAAUCAAGUCGAGGUUUAUUGGGAUUUGCGUUCGGCUAAAUUUUCCAAUGGUCCCGAGCCAAAAUCAGAUUUUUAUGUUGCCAUAGUUUCCGAAGAAGAGGUUGUGUUGUUGUUAGGGGAUUACAAGAAAAAGGCUUACAAAAGAACAAAAUCGAGACCGGCCUUGGUUGAUGCUGUGAUGUUUUACAAGAUGGAAAAUGUGUUCAACAAGAAAUGUUAUCCGACACGAGCCAAGUUUGAUCGGAGAUGGAAAGAACACGACAUUGUCGUGGAGAGUUCAACAUUGGGGCUUAAAGAUCCCGAGAUGUGGAUCAGCGUAGACGGUAUCGUGAUGGUCCAUGUACAGAAUUUGCAGUGGAAAUUUAGGGGUAAUGAGACCAUGUUGGUCGAUAAAAUACCAGUACAAGUCUUUUGGGAUGUUCAUGCUUGGUUGUUUUGCAGCCCUGGCUCGGGACACGGGUUGUUCAUAUUUAAACCGGUUCAAUCAGAAUCUGAUAGUGAUAAAGAAGAGAACAACCGUGGCAGUGACAAUGAUGAUGCCAUUAGUAUGUAUUACUCAACUCGGAGUCAUUCGAAAGCAUCGGAGUUUUGUCUUUUUCUGUAUGCCUGGAAGCUCGAGUAAAUCGGUCUUCCACCAGAGAAUUAUGACAUGUGAUAUUGUUAUACAUUUAUGUAUUUGUUGAUACGAUUUGAUACCGAA